AUGGAGACCACGGAUGAAGCAGACCUCUGUUUUCCACAGCUCUUCAACAGCUCAUGCAAAAAGCCAAUGUCUACUCAUUCUGAACUUAUGCUCCUUCACAUCGUGCUGUCCUCCAUCUCUGUGCUGACUGUGGUUCUCAAUCUGCUCGUCAUCAUCUCAAUCUCUCACUUCAGGAGGCUCCACACUCCCACCAACAUCCUCCUCCUCUCCCUAGCUGUCUCGGACUUUCUCGUUGGCCUCCUGUUGUUGCCCAGAGAAAUCACCCGGAACACAGCCUGCUGGUUUCUCGGUGAUCACCUGUGUGCUUUGUAUAAUUAUAUAUCCUUCAUUGUUACCUCUGCCUCAAUAGGCAACAUGGUGCUCAUAUCAGUUGACCGCUAUGCUGCAAUUUGUGUCCCCAUGCACUACUCCUCCAGAGUCACAGAGAGAAGGGUUCAAUUCUGUGUUUGUCUGUGUUGGCUCUGUUCUGUUUUCCUUAGCAGCUUCAUUGUAAAGGACGACCUGAAUCAACCAGGUUUGAACAACUCCUGCUACGGUGAAUGUCUUAAUGUCGUCAACUACAUUUCAGGAAUCCUUGACCUUGUUUUGUCUUUUGUUAUUCCAGUAACUGUCAUCAUAGUUCUAUACAUGAGAGUCUUUGUUGUGGCUGUCUCUCAGGCUCGUGCCAUGCGCUCUCAUGUCACAGCCAUCACACUCCAGGUUUCAGUGACUCUAACAACAAGGAAAUCUGAGCUUAAAGCAGCCAGGACUCUUGGUGUUGUCGUAGUUGUGUUUCUAAUAUGUUUUUGUCCAUAUUACUGUGUUGCUCUCAGUAAUAUAAACUUGAUCAGUAGAUCAGCUGCGGCUUUUGUCUUGUAUCUCUUCUAUUUCAACUCUUGUCUAAACCCUUUAAUCUAUGCACUGUUUUACCCCUGGUUUAGAAAAGCUAUUAAACUCAUUGUUACUCUGCAGAUUCUACAGCCUGGCUCCAGCGAGGCCAACAUAAUGUAG